AUGAACAUAUGCCGAAAUAGGAAGGAAUUGUGGGAGGAUGUUGGGGCUAUUGCUAGUGCCAUUAUUAACCCUUGGGCUGUACUAGGGGAUUUUAAUGUGAUUCGAAGUAACAAUGAAAAAAUUGGAGGGGACCCUGUUUGGAUUGAAGCUAUGGAUGAUUUUAAUUCGUUUAUAGAUGGUGCUGGGCUUCUAGACUUGAAAUGGAAAGGGGAGGCUUUGACCUGGAAUAAUAGACAAGUGGGAGAUGCAAGAAUUUGUUGCAAGCUUGAUAGGGUUCUGGUCAAUUUAGCUUGGAUGGAUGUGUUUAGAUCGUCUGAUGCAAUCUUUUACCCUCCUGGGCUUUCUGAUCAUUCUCCAAUGGUGGUGGCUGUGGUGGAUAAAGCAGAUUUUGUAAAGGAGGCUGAGGCUGAUUUGUUUCAGAUCCAGAGGCAGCUUAGUGAGCACCCUGAUGAACCGAAUUUGGUGCUGAUGGAGAAACAGGCUAAAAAGAAACUUUGGGAGGCUUUGGCCACUGAAGAGAAAUUUUUGAAAGAAAAGUCAAGGGUGAAACACAUUCAGUUGGGGGAUGGUAAUAAUAGCUUUUUCUACAAAUCGUGA